AUGGGGGAGACUUUCCUAAUCUUCGGAGCCCGCAACAGUCAGCAAGACUUCUUCUUCAGGGACGAGUGGCAUUCAUUACAACAUGAUCAAGAUACGUCUCUGAACCCCUUCAAGCUUAUUACCGCCUUCUCCCGCGACCAAGAGCAGAAGAUCUACGUGCAGGACCGCAUCCGAGAGUAUAGGGCUCACAUCGCCCGUCUGGUAUUGGAAGGCCGAGCGACGUUCGUCGUCUGCGGCAGCUCGGGAAGCAUGCCAAAGGCUGUGCGCCAAGCUUUGAUCGAUGUUCUGGCGGACAUUGAUGACAGAGGCAAUGUGGAAGGCGCGGCUGUCAUGGGCAUCGAAGGAGCAGAGAAGUACGUCGACCAGAUGCAGAAGGAAGGACGGUAUCUGCAAGAGACCUGGUGA